GUUCGUUUGUUUGUUUGUUUGUUUGUUUGUUUGUUUGUUUGUUUGUUUGUUGAUGUUUUUGCCACACAUAGUGUUUUGUGCGUAAUCUGAAAAAUUCAAGAUUUCCCUCAUCUGAUUCAAGACGUUUAAAUAAGCCUGAUUUUUUUUUCUUUUUUUUCCUAAAAUCUAUUAAAAGGGUUUUAUGAUGUUUCUUUCCCGUCUUCUAAUCUUCACCUACAAUUAGUUUAUGUGAUUUUCUCUCCAAACAAUAAACUUUGAGCCCCUUUGAGUCGACACUUUAUAGCAACACACUCAGUGAAUGGAGUUACAAAAAAAGAGAGAGAGAGAGUUUCAGUGGACAGGAAUCUUGAUAUCUCGCAACAAAUUCUUAACUUAACACAGCAUGAUGCUGUCACCACCAGGUUGGGUACAGGUCAAAACUUUAGCUAUCUCUUUUUUUCUUUUCUUUUUUUUUUUUUUUUUUUUGACCAAAAUGUAGUCCCUGCAUUUAAGUUGACCAGAAAACCAUCAGUUUGCUACCUCUCCCGCUUCUCGCUGAAAGUGUACGUGGGGUGCUCGCUGCUUCUGAAACACGGGGGCCUCUUGUCUGGUGUCACUGCAGCGCCGUCUGGCGGCCGCUGGCUUGAAUCGUGACAGAGUGAUUCUAGUUUCCCGGCGGAUGAGACAAAUGUUGUCCCCGACUUGCAGGGCCUCCAGUGUGUGUGUGUGUGUGUGUGUGUGUGUGUGUGUGCGUGUGUGCGGGAACUGAAAGCGUGGGUUUACCCCCACCAUUCCACGGAAACAAAAGACACGGUGCGGGGAAACGGCCCACUCAGUUGCACGUUCUCACAAGGAGUGUCAAGUUUAACAGGCAUCUGGAGUGACAGCCAUCCAGGCUGCGCUGGGCACUCCCCCCUCCCCCCAACAUCACUCUUCUCCUCUCCUCACUCCCCACCUCAGUGUUUCUGAAGCUCAGAGUUGACGGGAGGUAAUCCCCUCCAUGUGAGUGGGCGGUGCUGGUACCGGAGGCGUGUUUUUUUUUUCUUCUAUUAUUCAAAUGCUGCUGUACCUAUAAAAAGAGGUCCUGCCUGCGUCAGAUUGUUUUCUCCAAUGGCUAAAGGUGACUGAAUAUUAGUUGCCUCGGUGCCGUCCUAUCGGCAAGGGAAGAGAUGAUGGACGACUCCGGCGGUGUCCAAAUGGCGAGGGCGCUGAAACACGCAGCCCUGUGCCUGAUGCUGCUGCCCCGGUUCCUGCUGGCCGCCGUCAUGCUGUGGCUCCUGGAUUUCCUGUGCAUCAGGAGAAAAGUGCUGCUGAAAAUGGGCGAGCGCCCGGAGAGCCCGGACGACCCGCCGGUGUGCGUCUCCGACUCCAACAAGAUGUUUACCUGGGAGUCCCUCAGGGCCGUGUGGCACGGCCAGAAGCUGGACUUUCUCAAAUCGGCGCACCUCGGGGAGGCUGCCCCCAACACCGAGGUGGUGCUGGUCCAGGAGCGGCGGCAGGUCCGGAUCCUGGACUGCACGAAAGGGAAGAGACCGCUCGUCCUCAACUUUGGCAGCUGCUCCUGACCGCCGUUCAUGACGCGCCUGGCGGCAUUCCAGCGCGUCGUCAGGCAGUACGCGGACAUCGCGGACUUCUUAGUUGUGUACAUCGAGGAGGCGCACCCGUCGGACGGCUGGGUGAGCUCCGACGCGCCUUAUCAGAUCCCCAAGCACCGCUGCCUGGAGGACCGGCUGAGAGCCGCGCAGCUGAUGUUCACCGAGGUGCCAGAGAGCAACGUGGUGGUGGACAACAUGGACAACUCGUCCAACGCCGCUUACGGAGCCUACUUUGAGAGACUUUACAUCGUGAUGGAUGAGCGGGUGGUGUACCAGGGUGGGAGGGGUCCGGAGGGCUACCGGAUCUCGGAACUGAAGAACUGGCUGGAGCAAUACAGAAAAGAGGUGAUGGACCCCCGGACGGCGGUGCUGUGUGUGUAGCCGAACCUGCCCUGCUGCUCUGCCCUCCGCUUUAGUGUCCAAACCCACAGUGCAAAAUAUCCAGAUGCUGCUAUCAGACGUUCACACAUGGCACAUUAUAUAUGAAUAUUAUAUAUAUAUAUAUAUUGUUUCUCUUGCAUUAAGAUGUUCAGGACUGACAGAUAGAGGUUCAGUUUAAGUUGACACCUUUAGCCUAUAGAUUGUAGGCUGUUAAACUGUGUUGUCAUGACUUUAAAUUGAUUCCUCAUAGCGAUUUUAUUUUUGUUUUGUUUUGUUUUGUUUUUUUGUAUGGAAAAAGUAUUUGAAUCAAUUGAAGCUGGGUUCAGUUGGUGACCACUAUUUUUCUAU